GAGGAAAAACCACUGAAUUCAGCUCUGUCAGAGGCGCUUUCGGCUUCCAAGGGGAAGUGCUGGGCAAUAAUUAAUGUUUUUAUUAAAUUUGGAGGGAAUUUUUUGCAGCCGUUCGCCUAGCGUGGCCUUCAGGUUGAUAGAAGUCCAGAUCCCGAGGAAAUCUCCAGCUAAAUGCUCAAAAUAUAAAACACUGAGCUAAUAUUUGCGAAGAGGAGCAGAAUGGAUGGAUUUUAUGACCAGCAAGUGCCUUACGUGGUCACCAACAGUCAGCGUGGGAGAAACUGUACCGAGAAACCAACAAAUGUCAGGAAAAGAAAAUUCAUUAACAGAGAUCUGGCUCAUGAUUCAGAAGAACUCUUUCAAGAUCUGAGUCAGUUACAAGAAACAUGGCUUGCUGAAGCUCAGGUACCUGACAAUGAUGAACAGUUUGUGCCAGACUAUCAGGCUGAAAGUUUGGCUUUUCAUGGCCUACCACUGAAAAUCAAGAAAGAACCCCACAGCCCAUGUUCAGAACUCGGGUCUGCUUGCAGUCAAGAGCAGCCCUUUAAAUUCAGCUAUGGAGAAAAGUGCCUGUACAAUGUCAGUGCCUAUGAUCAGAAGCCACAAGUGGGAAUGAGGCCCUCCAAUCCCCCGACACCAUCCAGCACUCCUGUGUCCCCUCUACACCAUGCAUCUCCAAACACAGCGCAUACUCCGAAACCUGACCGGGCCUUCCCAGCUCACCUCCCUCCUUCUCAGUCCAUACCAGACAGCACCUACCCCAUGGACCACAGAUUUCGCCGCCAGCUUUCUGAACCCUGUAAUUCUUUUCCUCCUUUGCCGACCAUGCCAAGGGAAGGGCGUCCUAUGUACCAACGCCAGAUGUCUGAGCCAAACAUCCCCUUCCCACCACAAGGCUUUAAGCAGGAGUACCACGACCCAGUCUAUGAACAUACCACCAUGGUUGGCGGUGCAGCCAGCCAAACCUUCCCCCCUCCUUUGAUGAUCAAACAGGAACCCAGAGAUUUUGCAUAUGAUUCAGAAGUGCCUAGCUGCCACUCCAUUUAUAUGAGGCAAGAAGGCUUCCUGGCUCAUCCGAGUAGAACAGAAGGCUGCAUGUUUGAGAAGGGUCCCAGGCAGUUCUAUGAUGAUACCUGUGUCGUCCCGGAGAAAUUCGAUGGGGACAUUAAGCAAGAGCCAGGAAUGUACCGGGAAGGACCCACAUAUCAGAGGAGAGGGUCCCUUCAGCUCUGGCAGUUUUUGGUAGCUCUUCUGGAUGACCCUUCAAACUCUCACUUCAUUGCCUGGACUGGACGAGGCAUGGAAUUUAAACUGAUUGAGCCUGAAGAGGUGGCCCGGCGUUGGGGCAUUCAGAAGAACAGGCCAGCUAUGAACUAUGACAAACUUAGUCGUUCUCUCCGCUAUUAUUAUGAGAAGGGAAUCAUGCAAAAGGUGGCUGGAGAAAGAUACGUCUACAAAUUUGUGUGUGACCCGGAAGCCCUUUUCUCCAUGGCCUUCCCGGAUAAUCAGCGCCCACUGCUGAAGACGGACAUGGAACGUCACAUCAAUGAAGAGGACACCGUGCCUCUGUCUCACUUUGAUGAGAGCAUGACCUACAUGCCAGAAGGGGGCUGCUGCAACCCACACCCCUAUAACGAAGGAUACGUGUACUAACAUGAGCAACAGUCAAGCAAGGCACCCCGUGCUUCGCCCCUUUUUUCAAGAUACAGAGAAUCACCGAAUUCUCUUCAAUGUUUGUUUGAUUUCUGUUGUUUGUAUUUUAUUUUUUAAAUAAUAAUACGAAAGGGGGCUUUUCCUGUUGCAUUAUUCUAUGGUCUGCCAUGGACUGCGCACUUUAUUUGAGGGUGGGUGGGAGUAAUCUGGACAUUCAUUCUUUGUAACAGGAAGAUGACCAGUGAAUGGGCAGAGGGGGCUGAGGGAUUCCUUUUUACUUAGGCUUGGGAUGGGGUCCUACAGGUUUUCUGUAUGAUGAAGCUAUAUCAUGUUUGUUCGAUUUCACAAUAACGUAAGAUAAUUUUCCCUGGGUAUCUGCGGUACAUUUGAUUUCACGUUGUGUAAAUAUCUUCUUGGAGACCAUUUGCCUUGGGCAUUUCUCCAUCAUUACUGAGUCUCUGCAGGUGUACAAAAAUCUACUGUAAAUGGCAGUUUAAUGUUAGAAAUGACUGUUUUGCACCUCUUGUAAAAAAAAAAGAAUAUUUAGCAAUUGCAUUUGUUGUUCCUUCUGUUUCAUAUUGCUUUACAGAUGACUUGUAGAGAAAAACCCUAAAUGUGGGCAAUUCUCUCUGAAGUUGAGUAAUCACCAUGACUGUAAAUGAGGGCCACAGUUUUGGACUCUGGCUCCAACUGAGUCAUAGGCCAGUAGCAUUACAUGUAUCUGGUGCCAUCUUGCUGUUUGGUAUUACAAAUACUGUCUUUUAAAUAUGUUGAUGCCCAUUUCACUUAAAUAAUGACAUGUCAUGAUCCUUUGGAAUCUUCAUAUAUGUGUUAAAGCUGGGAUCGCAAUGAAGCAAAAAAAGAAAAAAAAAUUACCUGUCUCCUUUCACUAUCUUCAGUACAUAAAUACAUUAUUUAAUCAAUAAGGAUUAACUGUACUAAAUCACAUAUUAUGCUGUUCUACUUACAGCAAGCACUCUUUAAGACAAAUAUCCACUACACUAAAUAGGUACUAUAGUAAUUUUUAGACAUGGUACCCAUUGAUAUGCAUUUAAAUGUUUCACUGCUGUGUUCUGUUGAUAACAUAUAUAAAUAUUAGAUAAUGCUAAUGCUUCUGCUGCUGUCUUUUCUGUAAUAUUCUCUUUCAUGCCGAAUUUACUAUGACCAUUUAUAAGCAACGCAGUUAACUACAGAUAGCAUUUCAGGACAAAAUAGAUGACUCAAACCAUUUAUUGCUUAAAAAAUAGCUUACACCAUGCCAUGCUAUAAGCAGCUUUUAUGCACAUUGACAAAUGAAGAGUGAGCCUCAGCUUGCUAAAGGAAACUGUGGAAACUUUUGUAACUUUUGGUGAAAUGGAACAUUGUUUAUGAACUGUUAAAGAAUGAGGAAGUAACUGUGUGACGUAGUGCUGGCACUGACGCUGUCCUUCAUCUCCUUUGGACAUGCCUGUAAAUGUGAUCGGAUUGUACGAAAGAAGAUUCAAAGAUCUGAAAUUUCAAAGUUUCUGCCUUGUUUUCAUUUUGUUUGUUGUUUCUUUGUUCGUUUUAUUGUACAUUCAAAAACAACAGCAUUGAACGGGUGCCACGUUGUUUCAUUCACUCUGAAAACUACAAGGAAACGGUGUCUUAAUACCCCCUGAGUAGCUGCUUACCAGAUCCAAGCAAAGAAAAUGAAUUAUCUUCAGGUUACUAUCCUGGAAGAACAACUUCAUAAAGAAUCUAUAGUGACAUGUUAUUUUUUAGAAAACCCUUAAAGCCCAAAUAAACUUAGGGAAGCAUUUCACCAGCACAAGAAAGAACUUGUGAAGAGGAACCCUCAGGAUCCUUUUCCCAUGCUCCGUACAUCACAGUCGCUUCCAUAACAUAAAAAUUUAGCUCUUCAGAUGCACAAAUGGGCACUAUCCACAUCUUCUGGAAAUAUUCUGGUUCCUGCAGAUGUCUAUAAAUGAUUUCAUUGACUGUGCUGCGUGUAUUUCCCUUGGCCCUUCAUGGGCUGAUAAGUAUGCCU